GUGUUACCGGCGAAGUCCUGGCAGAGCUGAACAUCUCUGCAGGGGAGAGACUGCAGGACGUUGCAGAACAGCAGCUUGCAUCCUUGACGCCCUUCCAGCUCCUUCACAGAGGCGUCAGAUGCGCCUGGCGGACUGCCGAGAACCUCGGCCUUCGAGGAGGAUGCGAGGUGCAGCUGGUGCGACUUCCACAGCUCAAGGUCUUCCGGCGCUUGAGCCAGAGCCGGAAGCUGGCGAGCCACGGCUACGAUCGAGGCUUUGGCGCUGUUUCGAGCCAGGAUCCGGAAGCUUUCUAUCUUUGCAACCGCUCGGGUGGCCGGGAUUUCUGGGACAAAGACAUGCCUGGCAAUGGUAUGGUGUUGGCUGAUCUCAUGGCCUGGUCAGCUUUCCAUUCGCUCGAGAGCUGUGGAGAGCUGGAUCCGCUGCUGCACUUGAAACGAUACUCUGUUCCACCUGGCUCUUCAGUACAGUGCUUACAUCCUCUAGCCCUGGGAUGCGAUGGGACACUUUACUUGUCUGGACGGAAUGGCAACAAGCAUUCCAUUUGCUCCUUGGCACGGGGAGAACUGCAUGUCGCCCACGAAUCCGCCUCUCUUGCUGUAGCAGAUGCCAUCUAUCAUGGCAGCAGUCUCUUCGUCUUGGGCGAAGAGGGAGAGGACCCUUGCAUGCUGCAGUUCGAGAUCUCUGAAGGUCGCCUUGCUCUCGAACGGAUGAAGAUCCUUGAGCUGCCGAUGGCACGGGACGACCUCAUACGAUUCAACACAUACUGGAACAGAAACACGAAAAGGUUCCUGGCUGCAGACGGCACCGGUGAGGCUUUGUGGAUAAAGACAGAAGCCGGCAUCUUCGUGGUAUCAAUUGGCAGCCUUGAAGCUCAUGUUUGCUUCCUCUGGCAUGAAUUUACUGCAGCGUUGCCCCUGCUCGAAGAUGUCGUCGUGUCGCGUGACGGCGUAGUCUUGGAUCCGCGAACCCGGGAGCUGUACAUCAUCAUUGACUACACCCUGCAAAUCCAUGAUACUGAUCCUGAUGAAAGUGAUGCCAGCAGCAACGAUAGUAUUCUCACUUGCGAGGUGCUUUGUCUGACUCCGGUUCCUAGCCGCUCGGAAAAGGCUUGGGAGGUCUCCUUCCCGAACCUGCAGGGCAGCUCCGUUUGUUGGGCUCCCUUCGCUUUGGACGGCUUGGGUACACCAUACUGUGUCCUAUGUGCACGCUGGGUCGGCCCUGGGCGAAUCAUGGUGGUAGAUGUUGCAGGUUCGCUGUGGAGCAUGGAUGUCUGA